AUGAUUAAAGCAAUACUUGUCUUUAAUAAUUCAGCUAAACCAAGAUUAAUAAAAUUUUUUGAACAUUAUCCUGAAGAAAUUCAACAACAAAUUGUUCGAGAAACAUAUCAAUUAGUAUCAAAACGUGAUGAAAAUGUUUGUAAUUUUCUUGAAGGUGGAACAUUAAUUGGUGGAAAUGAUUAUCGUUUAAUAUAUCGUCAUUAUGCAACAUUAUAUUUUAUAUUUUGUGUUGAUAGUUCAGAAAGUGAAUUAGGUAUACUUGAUUUAAUUCAAGUUUUUGUUGAAACACUUGAUAAAUGUUUUGAAAAUGUAUGUGAACUUGAUUUAAUAUUUCAUGUUGAUAAAGUUCAUUAUAUUUUACAAGAAAUGUGUUUGGGUGGUAUGGUUUUAGAAACAAAUAUGAAUGAAAUAGUUGCACGUUUUGAUGAACAAUCAAAAUUAGAAAAACAAGAAGCUGGUAUUACAGCAGGACCAACUAAAGCAAUGACAGCAUUAAAAGAAAUGAAUCUACCACAAAAAAUUAAAGAUAUGAAAUUAUCUGAUCUCAAUUUAAAUAUUCGUUUUUAA